AUGCCAAAAACAAAGAAAAAGUCCAAGAAACAACUGGAGGAUGAGUUGCAGAAGGCAGCAGAAGAGCAACGACGCCAUGAAGAAAAAGAACGUCUGUUCAAGUUGGAGGAGGAUGCUCUGGCCGCCCAUCGGGAGCGCCUGGAAAUUGAGCUGGAAGGUAAGAACCGCGUGUUAGAAGCGGAGCGAUUAGAGGAGGAGCAAGAGAUUGUUGCUCGAAUGAAGGGCGAACGGAAGCGAUGCCUAGACUAUGAGCAGUCGAAGCUCCAAGAGAAGAUUGAAUGGCAGAAGUUCGUGUCCUGCACAUCACGCCCGAAUGUCAUGUUUGAAAGCGAGAUUACCACAUAUGUCACGAUGGUUCGUGAGGAGAAAUCAGAUCGAGAGUCUAUGGAGUCUGCCAUCGAGAAGUGCAAGGCUGCAGAGGAGGUUGUCGGUGACCUCUUGGAACUCUACUGCAAAGCUUGUGAAGAGGGCGAUGUCAUCAGACAAGACUGGUGCAUGCACUACAUCGCAGAGAUCCGCGAACUGGAAAUCGAGCUGAUAGAUGCAGCAACGGCGCAUUUGCUACUAUAUAUCGAGAAGCAGGAAGCGAACACUUAUUCACAGGUGUACCUGCAGUGGGGCAAUGCUAUUGAUGCUUUGAAGGUCGGAUUCUGGGGCCACUUGCAAAGCAAGGGUUUCCGUGCCAAGUCCAUCGAGCACAGCAAGAUUCAGAUAGGACUAGAUUUGCCGAAAGCGAUUCAGAUGCAGUCCGCCGGACAUUGCAUUGGUGUGCGGUCCUUGUACACGACCUUCGACAGUGCGCAGGGUAAAGACCCACAGAUGGGAAUAGGAGGCAUGAUCCGUGUGGACUUGUUGUCUAUUCCUCCAUUCAGCAAAAAGGUCAAAGGCUGGACCAUCCGUCAGGUCCCUGCUCCUGGCAAGGAACUCAUGAAGCUGCCAUAUCCAAACACAGAGCACACCACGGCCAGUACAGCGAUCGCAGCUCCCUGCAAGAUUGACUACAAGGUUCCAGCCCACGUGCUCGUCAGCAAGAGCCCCGUGGUCUCCUGGUGGGAUGCAUCCCUUGAGCGUUGGUCAGCAGAAGGCAUCAGCGAAAUUACUUGGGAGGAGGACACACGCAAGAUCUCCUUCUUCACUGCACGCCUUGCAUCGUUUUCCAUUACGCAGGAGAGGCACAUUGACCUGCCGUACAAAAACUGGAACAUGAGGCCAUGUGAUGAUCUCACCGUGGAGCUGACAGUGCAGGCGGCCAGGUACGAGCUUCGUUUCAUGAUCUCCGAGGAUGGUCUGAGGCUCAAGGGGCCUCAGAUGCCUGAGCUGCUGGACGUCAUGUUUGAAGCUGGCAGUGGCGAGGCGGGUGGCCUCAGUGGGCCCAGCGGCCGUCGACCUCGUGUGCGCAGCCCGGCGACUCUCUUGAAUGAGCUGCGAGAAUGUGGCUUGAAUCUGAUGCCCAAGGCCCCAGGGCUUGCUAAGACUCCAAAGCAGAUGCUUGCAAGGGGGUUCUUGAGACUGCGACGGACAGUGCGGGGAUAA